AUGCCUGAAAUUGAACAAAGAUUAGAAAAUGAUGAUUUAAUUCUAUUAUUUGGUUAUGAUCUUAUAAAACAGUGUUCAAAAAGAAAAGAUACAUUAAUUGUUUAUCCAAUUGAAAUAUGUAUUCGUCUAUUAGAAAAUAGUUUAAAUGAAGAAGGUCUUUUUCGUAUUGCACCAUUACAAGGAAAACAAAAAAAAAUUGUUGCUGAACUUAAUUUACAAACAAUUGAUAGAAGAACAACAUUAAAUGAAUUUAAUUAUGAGAUCCACAUGUUCCUGCAAGUACACUUAAACAAUAUUUAA